UUUUCGCGCUCAAAUAUGUAGUUCAGUGAGCUGUCAACUUUUCAUGAAUGGAUUCGCUGGAUUGGAACCUAAUCGGUUUCUCGUUAAAAGUUAGAUAAAAACAAAUUGGGUUUUCCAGAGUGAAACACCUGUAAUUGUGUCACCGUAUUGGCAAAUGUUGCCGUGAGCUAGCUAAAUUGCCGAUUUGGUUCCGCUGUAAUGGCUUUUCCGUGGUGAUAUCAACGCAACGCGAAAAAGCAAGCUUUUGUGGUGGCAGAGAACGCAAAGUGUUAGGAGCACUGUUUUGGUUGGUGUCGUCUCUGGAAGCAGAACCCCGUCGCAAUGAAUGGUAGCAUCGUGAAGUAUUUUGCCGGUCCCGGGGCGGAUGACCAGAAGAGAAUUAAUCCAAAAUUGCAUGAAUCGCCUGAUGGUGCUGGUCGGAAAAAAGAUGCAGACGGAUGCCACGACGCCAGCAGUGUGCGGGAAUCUGGGUCAGCUUCACACUGCUCGUACAAAAGUGAAGUGGAUCGCAUGAUAACAGAAAAUAUGACAUCGGUGCUAAAGUCCCUGAAAAAGAAAAGGAACCACAAAUGCAGCAAAAGAAAACGGAACGGAGAUCAUGAUAAGGAGAAAGAAGAAUGUUCGCAGGAAUCGGAGAUAAUCACCGUCGUGGAGGUUGUUCCGGAGAAGGAUAACCGCCGUCGAUCCCCGAGAAAAAUGUCCCAAGAGAAGUCCCGCGUCGAAGGUUCGAAGGUGACUGAACAGGAACAGCAAAAGGAAGAGAACAAGAAAGUCAACGCUUUCCAACUGUUGAUGAGCUCGAGGAACAAAGCAAUUGGAUCGAAUUCGCCCGGGAAGGAUGCACAAUCUGAAGCGGUACCAGACGAGGCAGAGAUCCAGAAACGGAAUGAGCUGGCGAAACGUAAAUUAAAACUUGAGGAGUGGGCCGAUCGAAAAGGGGCUGGAAAGCGAAAGUUACAGGAAGCUGAACAGGAGGAAUUCAUCGCACAUCAGAUGAAUCGUCGUGCGAAAAGGUUGAAACGGUUGGUAAAGAAUAUGGAAAUGGAGGAAGCCCCGGAAGAAAUGGUUGAUUCGAAGGAACCCAGCCGCAGAAAUUCGAAACGGGUGCAGAAGGCAACUGUGGAGGAAGUUUCUCCGCAGGGCGGUUCGAAGGUGGAAUUGAAACGUGGAAGAACGCGACUAACAUCCGGCAGUUCGACCCAAUCCUCUUCGACGAAUGUAACAGAAGAUGCGACAGAGAAGUCACCAACGAAAGCGCUGCUGACGGACGAAUUUAUGCACAAACUGAGUUCUCCCUUGAAGAAGAGGGAUAGUCUAUUGGGGUACUUCAAUAAGGUCGAAAAAAGCAGUCCCUCGCCGGAGUUGGAAGAGAAACCGCUCCGUCGCCGUGGUCGGGCAAAAAAAUCCAAAGAAGAGUUCGUCGAGGCGUUGAUAAUUGUGGAAGAUGAGUGCGAAAAGCCGGAUGAAAAUGAAAAUUCGCUCAACACAUCCACAAGUGGCAGACCAAGACGAUCCUGCGCGGGAAAAAUAAAAGACUAUGCCAUUUUCAGUGGCACCAGUCCGGAAAAUUCGACGAAACGUGGCGCGGAGAAAAAACCAAUCGUGACGCCACUGAAAAUUAUAAACAUGAACUCCCCGCAAACUCUGCAAGUCGUUAGGUCACCCUCCGUUCGAAGGUUGAGUAAAGACCUGGACGCUCCAGGAACACCGAAGUCAUCGCAGAACCUAAAGUUGGCACCCCUCUUCGUGAAGAAGCCUCUGCCAGAUCCGGAGAAGGUUCGGGCCAGGCAUGAGUUCCUGAUGUCCGGAAUUCCGGACAAAAUGCGGCAGGAAAUCGAGAAGCAACGCGUCUUCGAAGAGUCCAUUCUGAACGAAUCGCCGGUGUUCCCCCUGAUUAGCCACAUACAACAACUGGCAUCUCCCAAAACUGCGAAAAAAACGUCAUUUCGGGGAAACAAAAUCCGCAUCUCAUCGAAGCCAUCUAACGAAGUUCUGGACGUCCCAAACGAAGAAGAAGAAUUCGCGUUCAGCUCAUUGACCGACUGUGACGAUACGAUUGUGGAAGACCUCCUAGCGCAACUCAUCGAUCGAGGGAACCCGGACGAGAUUUACAGUUACGUACUGCCGGAGCUUCCGCACGUGAAGUCCAUCGUGCGGGAUUGGAAACAGACGUACAAACAUUUCCCUGUGUUCAAGUGCUACAAACAGUAUCGAGCGAUGUAUGAAGAACACACCGAGGAAGGGUCUCCCCCGAGGAAAUCCAAUUUCAUCGCGGAAAUCGAGGACAGUAUCGAGUUUGUUGAGGAGAAAUUCUCCGCCCUGAAUGGAGAUCUUCUGUUCACCGAAAAAUAUAAACCCCAAAUCUCCGAGCACAUCCUAAUCAACUGCCAGCCAGCGGUUGCGUUGAAGAAGUUCCUCUCCAGCUGGAAGGAAGACCGUUCCUCGAACCCAUACGAUCCGGGAGAUGAUUUCGAAAAUUCCAACUCAAGCGUAUCGUCAAGCUCCAAUCAAUCGCUCUGCAACCACAUCGUGCUCAUCGGUCCCUCCGGAAGUGGAAAAACGUGCAACGUUUAUGCCGUUGCUAACGAGAUGAAUUUUAACGUGUUAGAACUGAACGCCAGCAGUCGCCGUAAAGGCAAAAUAAUCCUCCAAGAGCUGCAGGAAGCGACACAAAGUCACCAGGUCCGGGGGAAGGAUGAAACGGUGGACAUCUUCCGGAAAGCUCUCAGUCAGAAGGGAGCCAAAACGAAAGCACGCAAACCAUCCACAGAUUCCGACGGGGGGUCGAAGAAAUUGUCGCUUAUUUUGAUCGAAGAUGCGGACAUUGUGUUUGACCAGGACGAGGGUUUCGUAGCGGCGAUCAAUCAGCUGAUCUCUACUUCCAAGCGACCGAUUGUGUUGACCACAACCGAUCCCAAUUGUGGCCAUCUGGCGCGCUAUGUCGCCAACAACGUGAUACGCUUUGUCGCUCCGGGGAUAGCGCACGUUUCGAAAUUACUGUCCAUUCUGGCUCUGGUGGAAAGGGUUCACCUGGAUCAGUACGAUCUCGCUCGGCUGUAUGCACUCAACCGAAAGGACCUCCGGAAGACCAUUAACGAGCUUCAGUUCUUCAUCCAAAGUGGCGGCGACCGUUGUCCGAAAAACGCCACUCCCGUUUUGAUGGAGGAAGCGGAUAUUAAAAUCCGAGACGAUAACGUCCCGGUGUCGAUGUUAGACGAUGAAGCUUCUCGGCAAUCGAAUGGGUCUUCGAAUGGGAUGGAUGCGUCCGUCGCUCGACUGCAUCGAUCUCUGUUCCGGCUAUUCAGCCGGAACCAAAACGAAGUGAGGCUCAUCCGAGCGCCACUGAAUUUCGAUAACCUAUGGUGCAAUAUGGAGCGAGUACUGAGAACGGAACGACCCCAACCAAGCGGGGCAAAGCGAAAGAAGGCGAAACCGAAAGAUCGAGAACUUCAAAAGCUUGAGGAGUUGGUGUUCUUCUACGGGAACGUUUCGUCUGCCGUUCUGAUCCAGCGAGACUCGAAAACGGUGCAAGAUCGGCUGGUGGACCACUUGGAGGAGGAAAUAGCGCACAACUUGGUGGAAAGCUCCUGGGAGCAGUGGUUCGAUGAAGAGUUGAAUCCGAAGGCAAAAUCGAAGCGACGCAGCGGAGUGGGAGCUAUGUGUUACGACAGUCUCAAGCAAAUCGACGUCGAAGAGCGACGAACAAUUUCCUCCUACAUCGGCGUCAAUACGCUCAACACUCGGUCCACGUAUUGCGACUACGAACCCCACCUGCGGACGAUUUGCCGCUAUGAGCGAGAGCGUUCGCGACAGGAGAGACGCGGCAGUCGCUUCUAUCACUACUUCCGCAAUUUCGUCAACUACAACCCGCCGGCCGUUGGCAGUGCGACCGUGUCCAACUUCAGUAUGGACCAUUUCGACGAGUUGAGCACUCACUUCGAGGAGAAUCACAUUCCAGCGACAAAAAUCGCGACGACUUCUUCGGAUUUAUCGGAUGGGAGUCGUUAACGAUUGAUUGAUUGAUUAACUGAAACAACGGCGGGACAACGAUUCGGCUAGAAGACAAACAGUGAAUAUGGGGUUUUGUGUAUUUUUCUCGCACAGUGUUUUUUUUUCUAUAUUGUAGUAGAAUUAUUUAUUCCAAAGUUUGGGCUAAAUUAUUCGAUCAUCAUUGUUGCACCUUGAUCUGCGGGAUGUGCGAUUUUCCACGGCUCUAGGUGAUUAAUAAACGUGGUUAAUCAUGAAACACGCGAAUCGUCGUCCAAUCUUGUCCGUCUGUGAUGCUAGAACUGAUUGAACCCUGCUUCAUGUCUUUCGGAUUUAAUCUGCUUCAUAUAUCGAUCGAUGGAACAGCCACUCUGCGCAGCUGCCGAUGUGUUGUAGAAGCCGUUGCUUGAUUCCCGCCGCUUUCGGCUAUCCCGGAGCAUGUUUUGCCGCGAAUGUUUGAUGAAGCUCUGGAUGGCAGUGAAGAUGAGCUUUUGAUUUGCUUCCGCCUCUUCGUCGCUCCUGCCAAGAUUGAGCGUUUUGGUCAGCAAAUCGAUAAUGCCGACGCUAUUUCCAAACACAUACUUGGUGUACUCUAGAAAAGAGAGAAAUAUUCCCUCAUUUAGUUAUGAUUCAACAAAUGAAAUGGGAGUCUACUUACGGCCAUUGAUGGCGGAUUUUCCGCUCCAGCUGAACUGGCACAGCACUUCGUACGUCACUAGCGCUUCCAUCAUCUUUUUCACGUUGCGCUGAUGGGGCUGAGAGUUGUCAACUUCCUGAUGGAGCCGGAUCAUCUAAAACAAUAAAAAACCAUAUUAUUAGAACC